AAGGUUCGGGGCCAGCUCUCGGUACAAGUGCCGGAAAGGUUGGAAAGGGUGCCUCCCUCUGGCGUUACAAUCUCGAUCGUGCCUGCGAUAGCCAUCGACCGUAGACAACACAUUCGCGCGGGUGAAUGCCGAGCAGCGAAACCCCACGGCCACGAGCGCGCCAUCGGUACCACCAACACUAGCACAGCGCCUCGCGCACGUUGACGUAGAAAUAGAAUGGCUCGAAGUACGCUGUUGGCACCGCUUGCCUGUCUAAUAUUCCUUAACUGUUUAAAGCCAUUGAUAAGCUGGCCGGCGAACGACAAAGACGCUCCCGCAAUGUCGCACCCCGAGUUCGAUCAGUAUCUUGGCGACUAUCUGCAGGCGGGCGAUACGCUGGCCCUCCUGCUCGACUACGAUGGAACGCUGGCCGAGCUGACGUCCCAUCCGAACCUGACGCAGAUGAGCGAUGCGAUGCGGGACAGUCUGCGCAACAUCGCCAACAGUGGCAAGGCGUUUGUGGCCGUCAUUUCGGGACGUGACGUGGACGGGGUAAAGGAGAAGAUCGGCCUGGAGAACGUGAUCUACUCGGGGAACCAUGGGCUGGAGGUGCUGUAUCCGAACGGCACCCGCCACAACCAGGGCAUUCCGCGCGAUGUGGCCGACAACUUUGACAAGAUGAUCGAUCAGCUCAAUCGGGAGGUUGUCCACCAUGGAUCGUGGGUCGAGAACAAGCGCGUUUCGAUAACGUUCCACUUCCGGGAGGCGGAACAGCAGUACGUGCCGGAGAUGGCGGCCCGUGCCAAGGAGAUCAUUGAAUCGUACGGUUAUCGAGCGAAUGCAGCGCACGCCUCCGUGGAAGGCAAGCCACCGAUCCAGUGGAACAAGGGACUGGCGGCGGAGUACAUCCUCGGCACCAGCUUCGACGCGAACUGGCGCCAGCGGAAGGUGCUGUUCGCCGGGGACGAUACCACCGACGAGGACGUGAUGCGGAUGAUCAAGGGCACGGGAAGGUCGUUCCGGGUGACGAAAGAUAAGGACCUGGUGACGAGCGCGGACUAUAAAAUACCUUCGGUGGAUGCGGUUUAUCACCUGCUAAAGUGGAUCGAAUCGAGAGUCGUUUAGGGCCAGGCUUUCUUUCCUCCCUCCCCCCGGAGGCCUGUGGGUGUGAAGGUUUCGGCCUCAAUAAACCAGGGCUGGGUGGGGGAAAGGGGACAGUGACAAUCGUGCGGUGUGUUUGUAAACAAACUGCUUCUUAUCAAAAGAUGCUGCCCUUAUCGUUCUUCCUUCUUCGCAAGCAAAAACAACGCAGCGAUUGCCGUUCCACAGCUAACAACGAUGUGACGAAUGAUCAGCAGUUUAGCAUUUCUAAUGAGGAUUGUUUUGAGCUGAUUGGGAUCAAACUUACGAAAGUGUUGUUUUUGAGGCACCAGGUGUAGAAGCAAACAUGUUUUAGGAAUUUGGUUGUGAAAACAGGCACAGAACACAAUUUUCACCUCA